UAUUCAUUAUAGAAUGCGUUAACGGACUGUAGCAAUUUUCUUUACUAGUUAUUUUACUUUCAAUGCUAAAUACUAAUUCUAAUAGCCAAAGUCUUAAAAAAAUUAAGAAAUCCGGAGUUGUCAUGUCAGUUCUUUGUAUGUCAGUGUCAUAUGGGAUUAUAAUUUAAUAAUUUUGAAAUAUUUAUUUAUUCAGAAAGUUUAAGGUUAUUAAAAGUGGUUACUUUAUAUUUCUGUAAAUAUCUUCAAAGUUUAUAAUGUCUAAAAGACCUGAACAUUUGGCGCCGCCUGAGCUGGUAAUUUGAAUACCCACUACAAUUUUUUUGUUAAUUUUAACGUUAAACUAAACUUUAAAUUAUUUUCAGUUUUAUAAUGAAGCUGAAGCCAGAAAAUAUACACAAAACUCAAGAAUAAUAGAUAUCCAAGGACAGAUGACUGAGAGAUGUAUUGAGCUACUGUUGUUGUCUGAAGAUACACCAUGCUUGCUUUUAGACAUUGGCUGUGGGUCAGGACUUUCAGGUACAGUGCUUGAGGAGAAUGGACAUAUGUGGAUUGGCAUGGACAUCUCUUCAGCUAUGCUUGAUGUAGCACUUGAACGUGAAACAGAAGGGGACCUAAUUCUUGCAGAUAUGGGUGAAGGUGUACCAUUUAGAGCAGGGUGUUUUGAUGGAGCAGUCUCAGUAUCUGCUUUACAAUGGCUGUUUAAUGCAGAUAAGAAGUUCCACAAACCUGUAAAGAGACUUUAUACAUUCUUUAGUACUUUAUAUGCUGCACUGUCUAGGUCUGCUAGAGCUGUAUUUCAAUUUUACCCUGAGAAUGAAAGCCAGAUAGAAUUACUGACUACACAGGCAAUGAAAGCUGGUUUCUAUGGGGGUGUGGUCAUUGACUACCCAAAUUCUGCAAAAGCCAAGAAAUUCUUCUUAGUGCUCAUGACUGGUGGUGCAGCAUCAUUGCCAAAAGCUUUAGGAACUGAGGAAGCAGAAGAUAAUUUACAAGUGAAAUAUGCUAGAAGAGAAGCAACAAGAAAUGCAAGAGGCAAAGCACUAAAAAAUACAAGGGCUUGGCUUUUAGAAAAGAAGGAAAGGAGACGGAAACAAGGGAAAGAAACUAAACCAGACACCAAAUAUACAGGCAGGAAAAGGAGUGGACGUUUUUGAAUAAUAAAUUGUUAUUAUUA